UGCGAGAGCCAAUGGGAAAGCGUUUCGUGUAGGUCUCUGGAGGUGGAGGCGCCAGCCGCAGCCUCCCGCCAGUGGGAGCCGGCUGACUGGGGACGCGGUGGCAGAGACGGCUGGAAGCGGGCGAGGAUACUAGAAAUGGCUACUCCCCAGUCCGUUUUCAUCUUUGCGAUCUGCAUUUUAAUGAUAACGGAAUUAAUUUUGGCCUCAAAAAGUUACUAUGAUAUUUUGGGUUUGCCAAAAUCAGCAUCAGAGCGCCAAAUCAAGAAGGCCUUCCACAAGCUGGCCAUGAAGUACCACCCGGACAAAAACAAGAGCCCGGACGCCGAGGCGAAAUUCAGAGAGAUUGCAGAAGCGUAUGAAACACUCUCAGAUGCUAAUAGGCGCAAAGAGUAUGAUACACUUGGACACAGUGCUUUUACCAAUGGUAAAGGACAAAGGGGUAGUGGAAGCUCUUUCGAGCAGUCGUUUAACUUCAAUUUUGACGACCUUUUCAAAGACUUUGGGUUUUUUGGUCAAAACCAAAACACUCGGUCCAAGAAGCAUUUUGAAAAUCACUUCCAGACGCGCCAGGAUGGUUCUAGCAGACAAAGGCGCCCCUUCCAGGAGUUUUCUUUUGGAGGUGGACUCUUUGAUGACAUGUUUGAAGACAUGGAGAAAAUGUUCUCUUUCAGUGGGUUUGACCCCACGGGUCGGCACACAGUGCAGACGGAAAGCGGGUUCCACGGGUCCAGCAAGCACUGCAGGACUGUCACUCAGCGCAGGGGCAACAUGGUCACGACGUACACGGACUGCUCGGGACAGUAGCGCCUCCCCCUCCUGUGCUCACCGAACCCGACUGGUUGACUGUUCUUCACCAUCUAUGAUGCAAAACAGUUUUAUGUGAACAAUUUCGACAAGUGCAUGAUUUCACUUGAUGUAGCUGUUAAAUAUAUUUAAAUUGUUUUUGACAGAUUAACAUUCAGUUAGUAGAGAAAUAGCUAAUUUUUAAUGUCCCUGCCUAAGGAAGGUCCUUGAAAAAAAGACCUAAUUCUUCCUGGUCUUUUUUUCUCCACCUGCCCGUGGAUUUAUGAAUGUGGCGUUUUAUUACCAAGAAAAGAAUGAGAUUGCCUGAUAUAUAUUUAAAGGUUAAACCUUUAAGUUUAUUUUACAUUUAAAUUGUGUGAACUUGAAUGAUUUUUGCAGUGAAACCUCUGCUCACUUAAAAUUGCAUGUUCUGUAGCAUUGCUGACGUGGGUUGCUAAGUGUACAUGGAACUAUAUAAAAUGAGUCAUUUGGCAACAGAUAGCAGUACCUUGGUAAAUUUCCACUGAAAACUUCAGAAAGGCGUGGUUUAAUAUUUACCUCAGAACCAUGCCCUUCUGUAGUCAAAUUGGAUUAAAGGAAAUGCUUGUAUUGCUCCUAGUCAUUUAGGCCAAAAGAAAGUUGAAAACUUCUGCACUAUUGCCAAGAGAUUGUUACGUGUUCAGCCCCUGGCUAAUGAUUUUCUAAUGUUGGAACCAUAGCUACUUUACAUAUCUUCUCACAUUUCUUUCUUAAUUGUUGGCUCUGUGUGUCUUACUAUGGAUUUAUGUAUUUUGUGUGUGUGUGGUUCCUCUUCUUUGCACUCAUCUUUAUCUAGAAUUUGACUAAUACCUCAUUCUGUUUGUAAAAAGCAGUAAUUUCUGCGCAUCCUUAUUACGUGCAAUAUUUUUAAAUCCUAAGUGUGUGCUUUUGUUUUCAGACACAGACUUAUUUCUCUAGUUCUGCACUUUCCCACGUUAUACUCCAUAUGAGUAUUAAUCCUAUGGAUAACAUAUAAAGGUAGUAAAUGUCUCAUACAACAUUGUAUGUGAGUGAGAGAAAUACAACACUUACAAUUCGA